AUGAAUAAAAUUGGCAUCUUAAAAAACUCUUUUAGUGAUUUUUCGCUAGAAGAAAAACUACAAAUUAAAGAAUUAGGCCGGCCAAUAAAUUGUAUAAGGUUUUGUGGAGCUUUAAGGGGUCACGAUGAGAAAGAUAAUUCGGAAAAUAGAGGCAUAUUUAAGGAGCUGGUGAAUUUUAGCGCCGAAUUAGAUAAUGACUUAAAGGUUCAUAUUCAAAGUUCAAAAGCUUUCAAAGAUACCUCAAAAACAACCCAAAAUGAACUUCUUGAGUGCAUGUUAGAUGUUUAUCAAGAAGAAGUUAGGAAAUAA